GCGCUCCGACGCGUGUUUGUAUUCAACACGUUCAUCCGUGCAAAGCUGAAUGUGCUGAGUUUGGUGACUACUUUCGAUAUCUGAAACAGUGCACGUGAUUGUUGAAUGCUGCUGAUGUAUGCGAUGGAGUUCUCGAAUGAGGAGAAAGUGAUGCAUCUGGUCAGCGAAGACAAGGAUGUUGAGAAAUCUCUGCUUUCUCUGCCAACUGAAAUUUUGGAACAUGUCUUGUGUUUCCUGAGUAUAGAAGACCUUGUAUCUGUAUCACAAGUAUGCAGGAGGCUUCACGAUGUCCAUACUUCAGAAAAAGUAUGGAAAUUCGGAUUUAAGUCCAGGUACCCGCGCUUGGUGCAGCCCUCGUGCCGACCUGCCUUGCUGCGCGUGUUUGAGCGGUGCGGAUGCAGCUGGCGGCGCACUGCGAGGUUCCGCGCCUCGGCUGGCCAUCACCUGCGUACAGCCCUAGCCAAGAUGGCUGACAGAUGCUACACAGUCGACUGCCUGCCGGACCCCGCCAUGGAGGAGUUCCGCAAGCUGGUGCCCGUCCAUGGUACCCUGUUCAAUCGGGAUGCCCUUCUGGAGGUCAUCUACUCGCGCCAACACCGUCCGGAUGAUGACCUGUCUGUGCGCUACUACGCGCGGAUGCUGUUCCGCGAGAUCCAGCGAGACGUCGUGCUGCUGCCCAUGUUCCGGGAGUACAUGCAGCGGCCAGUGCAGCAUCUGAACGUGCCCGAAGCCUUCUAUCUGAUGAGCCUCUGGAUGGUUCCGGAGCAAACCGACAACCGAGAGUCCAAUCUCCAUACUUGCUACAGCAAGAUCGCCGGCUUGGUGUUGGAUGAGCUGCGUGGACGGCUCCCCGAGCACCCGGCCGCCGCCUGGACUACGUGCAAGAAGAACCCGUUCGGACCCACGAUGUGGACGGAUGACCAGACGCUGAAGCUGCUGAACGCGAUGAACGUGGUGCUGUAUGACCAGCUGGCCCUGAUGAAGGAGGGCGGACCGGAGGACGGAUCGGCUUCCGAACUGAGCUCGCUGGUAAGUGGAUUGCAAUGAAGAUUAAUCCUCGUUCCUUGCACGUUUGAAUGGGUGAAGUCACGUACAGAACAUGUGCAGACUUCUAUGUCUGAUCUGUUUUUCUUCGUGUUGUUCUCA